AUGAUGUUUGUCAGAAAUGAUUCCAGCGUCUUCCGAUUUUGCCGAUCAAAAUGCCGACGACUGUUUGAGAAGAAGCGCAACCCGAGGAAGGUUGCCUGGACGAAGGCCAGCAGACGUGCUCGAGGGAAGGAGCUGGUUAACGAUACAACGCAGGAAAUGGAGUCCCGUCGCAAUGAGCCAGUCAAGUAUGAGCGUGAACUUUGGCAGAAGGUCAUCGAGGCUGGAAAGACGGUGGCCGAAUUGAAAACUAAAAGGUAUGCCAACAAGAUCCGGAAGAACCAGCAACCGGGCAAGAUCGUGAACAAGAAGGGAAUGAUCAAGAAGGCUCGCACCAAGCUCCACCUCAUCGAAGCCCCGCUGGCCACGGCGAGGAAGGCGAAGCAGGCCCAAGAGCACAAGCAGGAAGAGAUGGAACUCAAC